AUGGAAGGCCUGGCGGACGAGGAGGUGAUGCUGAUAUUGAGCCACCUGCCCAGCCUCGCCGACGUCGCGUCGUUCGGCCUGGUUUGCGCCCGCUUCGACCGGCUCCGGCACGACCCUCACCUGUGGCGCACCCUCGUCCAGCGCCACCUCGGGGUCAACCUCUACCGCUGCCCACCCGGUGAUGUGGACUGGGAGGAGGACUACCGCGCCAAGGCCGAGCAGCUGGCCGAGGCCAAGGGGCUGGACCGCGUGUGGGUUGCGGCGGCGAUGGGCUGCCACGUCAGGCUCGCCCGGCUGCUGGCCGAGGACCCCGACGUCCAGGCCGCCUUGGCCGGCGGCGGCGGGGCGCAGGCGGCCUACACUGUGUCGGACCCCUUCGCCGGCAGCGGCUCCGGCAUCCAGCUGACCCUCGCCGACAACGGACUCCGCCACGCGUGUCAGGGCGGUUCAUUGGAGGCGGCCAAGAUCUUUCUGGACAUGGGCGCCAAGUUGCAGGAACGCGGUGUGGCGCCCCUGCUCAACGCCAUCAAGUGGGACCACGUGCCGCUGAUCCAGCUCCUGCUGUCCAAGGGCGCCCGCGUCGAAUACCCGAGCUCCAACUCCUUCUACUUGCAGCCGCUCCAGGAGGCCGCGUCGUCCGGCUGCGACAGGGCCGUGUCAUGCCUGAUCGCCCACGGGGCUCGCCUCACUGCGCUCGAUCCGACACACUGGCCGUCGCUGUCCCACACCGACCAAACGCCUCUUGUGGAGAUGCUUCGGUCAGCGGCGCUGACGGCGGUGACUGAAGGCCGAAUUGCGGUGGCCAAGUUCUUCUUCGAUCAUGCGGUGCAACCCUUCUACGAGCAGCUCCAGGCCCUCCUCAACGCAACAACAAGCCCCAACGAGGAGCUUCUGGCACUAUUUGCGCAUCUGGUCCGCGAGGCGGGGUCGAGCGAGCGUGCCUAUUUUCUCUUCGUCUCCGAAUGCCUGCGUGACGGCAAUCGCCGCGUGUGUCGCUAUCUGGUCCACAAUGGGGCCGACAUCAACAGCGUGCGCCAUCAUGAGACGCGAGGCCUCGUCACUGCGCUCCACACCGCAGUGAAGGAAGGCAACGUGCAUAUGGCCGAGUGCCUGCUGUUGGCGGGAGCGGACCCCGACCUGAUCAGGGCUCACGAUGGCAGCAUGCUGCACUCUCCGCGCUCCCUCGCACAAUCCAGCCUGCACGCGCCAAGCACGCAAGCCGACCUUGUGGCUCUGUUCGCCCGUUUCCCAGCCUCCAACGCCCCCACCCAACAUGAACUCUAA